CUUCCUCUUCCUCGCUAUAACUAACAAAACAGACUAAAACCUCCGCUAAACCCCACAAGCUCAGCAGAAACCCCCACACCAUGUAUGCACAUAGCAACGCUAAUAUUCCUGCUACCAAUGAAAUUCCUUGUGUUUAUUCACCACCAUCAUCAUCAACACCAGAAUUCUUCGGUCAUUUUUCGGCAUCUUCUUUGCCAGCCCCUUUAGCCAUUCCUGUCAACGAGUACGAGUCUUCGUGUGCUCUGAAAUCAGAGUUUAGUUACACUAGUACUAGCAGUGGAUGCAGCAGCUACAGCUCUCCAACUUCGCUCACCAGUUAUGCAACAACCAAUUAUAAUAGUAGUUAUUACAGUUCUCCAACUUCGCUAACGAGCUACGAGUCUAACUACAAUGCCAAUCUGAUGCAAAGAAGCAUCAGCAGUCACUCUCUGCUGCAUAGGAACAAUGUAGAGGGGUUUUCUGCCCUUGUCUCGUCCCCAACUGCAUGUUAUGACUCAGAAACUAGUCCUUUCAGGAAAGUGUUUAGCGCUGGCGAUCUGGAGGGUAUGACUCCAAAGCAACAUAGCCGUCUGGCAGAUAGUUCUCUGGCGAAUGAGUAUAGCAUCAUUGAAAGUAUGAGCAAAGCCUGCAGAUAUAGUCCAGAAGAAAAGAAAGAGAGGAUUGAGAGAUAUAGGAGCAAGCGAAAUCUCAGGAAUUUCAACAAGAAGAUCAAGUAUGAAUGCAGGAAGACACUUGCAGACAGCAGACCACGCAUCAGAGGGCGGUUUGCCAGGAAUGAUGAGAUUGAGAAGGCUUCUCAAAAUCAAUGGGAUCAGGCUGGCAUUGAGGAGGAGGACGAAGACGAUGACAACUGGAUUAAUAUCCUUGAUACAUUCUCAACUACUCUCAUCCCAUAAUCGCGGGAUUACAUUAUGAAGCUCCUAAGUUUUAAUGUCAAUGGAGCACCUAGUUUACGUGUUGAAGAUGGUAAUCUUUGAUUGCAAUGUACUUUUAGCAUUGUCGAGGAUUGCGUCUGAUAAAAAGAGC